AUGUCCACGUCAUCCACCGCGUCCUCCUCCUCCGCUUCCCCCUCGCACCGGCGCGCCUCCUCCGUCGACGGCCCGUCGUCAAACCCCGACGAUGAUCGCGCCGCCCGACGACGGCGGCUCAGCAGCAGCGGCAGUGGGGGGCAGCCGAAGCCGCUGCGGCGCUCCGACACGCUGGGCCAGCUCGCCGCGAUCCUGAGCGACGACUACAUCGGCGAGAGCAAGCCGCUGCUGCUCGCCGUGCCCGUGGCCGUUGCCGUGUCGCUGGUGCCGCGCGUGCCCGCCGCGCUCGUCUUCCUCCUCAACGGCGCGGCCAUGGUGCCGCUGGCGGCGCUCAACAUCCUCAUAGUCCUCACCCUGACCAAGAAUGCGCGAGCGUGGGGCGGGCUCUUCCGUGCCAUCGGGGGGAAUUCGACAGAAUUCAUCAUUAGCGCCGUGGCGUUGACCUACGGCGAGAGCGCCCUCGUCCAGCAAACCAUGAUUGGCAUCAUAGUAAAUUACGCGCUUCUUGUAAGGGAGAACCCCCACAGAAGAGUCCCUACGAAUGACAUUACGAAUGGCAUUACUCACACAAAAGGGAUGCAGGUCCUCGGUGGCAGCUUUCUCCAUGCCAGCUACGGCAAAAAGGAUGCCGUGUUCAGCAAGUCGAGAACCAGCAUCAUGUCCUCCCUCGUCAUGGUCACGUCCUUUUGCCUCGUCAUCCCCACCGUCAUGUCCCUCACGACCAGCGCCGAGGGCCUCGACUCGCCCGAGGCCAUCGACCGCGGCAUCCUCAACCUCUCCCACAUGACCGCCACCGCCCUCGUCCUCCUCUUCUUCACCUACCUGUCCUUCCGCUUCGUUACCCACGGUCAGUUCUUCCCCGUGAACCCGGGCGCCGCCCAGUUCAACCCCGACAGCCGCACCAACACUCAGCUCGGCCCGAAGCCGCCAGCCGCCGCCGCCGCCGUCGGCCCCUCCGCGCUGGGCGUCGGUCUCCUCGGCAGCUUGGGCUGCACCGUCGUCUGCGCCGCCUUCUUGCUGCGUAGCAUGGACGCGGCCGCGCAGAGCUUGCGCAUCACCAAGACCUUCAUCGCGUUCGUUGUCUUGCCGCUUCUGGUCAGCUCGGCCAAAUCGGUGAGCAUCAUCCGCCACGCCCGGCCCGAGGAGGCCGGUGGCAGCACGUACAUGAGCCGCUUAGACUUUGCCAUCCGUUCUGUCAUGACCAACGUUCUCGACACGUUGCUCUUCAAUAUUCCGCUGCUCGUCUUCGUCGCCUGGGGACUCAACCAGCCCAUGGUGCUCGUGUUCGGUCUGUUCGACGCGGUCGUCUUUGUUCUCUCCGUCACCAUCAUGACAUUUCUUAUUCGCUACGGCAAGACUACAUACUUCGAGGGCUGCAUGCUCAUGGGAACAUACCUCUCUAUGGGCAUUGUCUUUUUCGUUCGGCCUGAUGUUGCGCAUACCAUCAGGCCAACGCAAGAGUUUAUCCUGCAAGGCUCUCCUCAAGCCAGCGGGUUGUGA